UCGGACUAGAUGAGGAGGGGCCCGGUAGCCACCACUCGCUGAACAUCGACAGCCUUUGAUCCGGGUCGUGGUGUUUCAUUCACACGCCGAGGACACACCUGGGCCAUCGACAGUGUUACCAGACAGCUGCUGUGGGGGUGCUGGAGAUGACACUGAUGACCGGAGCGCGCACAGGGAAACGAGGGAUGGAACAGCCAACAGGGGACAUGUCCGAAGCCUUUGCAAAUGUAGAAGGUAAUAAUUCAUCAUUGAUCAAGAUGCCUUCAGCACCUGAGCCUACAGCAUUUAAAAAGGAACCACCCAAAGAGAAAGACUUUCAAAACCCAGGGCUCAGAGGGGUGCGCACAACGACCUUAUUUCGAGCUGUGAAUCCAGAGCUCUUCAUUAAACCUAACAAACCUGUAAUGGCUUUCGGAUUGGUAACCCUUUCGCUCUGCGUGGCCUAUAUUGGUUAUCUACAUGCAACACAAGAGAAUAAAAAGGACCUCUAUGAAGCUAUUGAUAGUGAGGGGCACAGUUAUAUGAGGAGGAGAACAUCCAAAUGGGAUUAAGAGUACUGGUUACUGCAGGUGGAGCUUAUUAAGGGCUCUGAAGUCUUCAGAUGACUUUAUGAGUGCACAGUGGCAUGUCUCUUGUUCUAGAAUUUGUUAAUGAGGAGAGAAGAGAGCACUUGCUACCAGACAACUGCAGUAAAGUUUGCCCUUUCACAGCCACAGCUGUCAUCCCAUUCUUCCACAGAAAGAGCUUUGUCAUAUUUUUAUUUUAUUAAGUCCUCUUAUAAAAGUGCCAUGAGAAUGGAAGUUGUUUAAUUAUUAAGUUCUGUAUAAUAAAAGUACUCAGUACUGUUAAA